CUCUUUUUACUCUGUUUUCUUUUUUCUCCUCUCUCUCUUCUUCUCUUCUUUCUCCAUCCCCGAACGCCUCCAUCCAGGAACGCUCUCUCUUCUUCUCUUUUCUCUUCUCUCUCCAUCGCCGAACGCUCUCCAUCCCCGAACGGCUCUCUCUUCUCCUCUUCUUCUCUUCUUCUCUCUCCAUCCGAACAGCUCUCUCUUCUUCUCUUCGACACCCAUUUCACCCCUCUCUCUCUCGUUGCUCUGUUUUCUCUCUUGGACGCCCACAAUUUUCUAGUGGUUUCUUCAUCAACGGCGGCCUCUUCUCUCGCCCAAAAGGAGAGAGAGAGAGAGAGAGAGAGAGAGAGAGAGAGCAUGUGCUAUAUCAAUAUGUUAGAAGGCUUUUGGGAAUGAAAAAGUAGCUCAUGCAGCCUGAAAAGCGCAUCAAUUUGCUUUUGAAACUGUUGAGAGCUGCUGUGGAGCUGGUGGUUGUUGCUGUGGAGCUGCUCUGGAGCUGAUUGCUGCUGCCAUGGAGCUGCAGUGAAGCUGCUGUGGAGCUGCAGUGGAGCUGCCAAGUUGUAUUAAAAUCAUAGAGUUGACAUUGGCCUAGCUUAUGAGCAAGGUGGAGCAGCUUGUCUUAGUGUUUUGACAGAUGAGAAGUAUUUUAAGUGAAGCUUUGAAAAUCUGCAGUUGAUAAAGAAUGCUGGAGUCAAGGUGCAUUUGCUGCAGACACCGCUGGAGGUAACUUCACCCCUCAUACAGUACCCAUACAAACCGGUAAGGUAAUAACCGGAUGGAUAUCCGAGAAGUUUGCAUGGUCAUUUUAUAUUUUAGUUUCUUACUUGGCAUGUUAUAUGUUCUGUCAUUUCUUAAGAGGUUUUGUUUUGUCUGCUUCAGGAUAUUAUUAGUAAGAUAUCAUCACUAGCUCAAAAGGGUCCUUCUGGUGAUUAUGAGGCAUGUCAUGCAUUUGGGACUUUUUUUCAAACAACCCAAACAUCAUCUACUUGUUUCCCAAAUACUCUUAAUAGCCACUCAUCAUCUAUACUUGUUUCCCAUAAAAGAAUACCCUCACAUAUGGACGCUUAUACCUGGCCCAAAUAAUUAGUUAUAAAAUCCAUGCAAGUCUUAGAGCAUGUUUGGGAAACAUUAAAAUUUUGAAAAUUCUUAAAAUUUCUCAUAAAUUUAUAAUUUCCUGCAAACAUCAAUUGGGACCUGUGACUGUGUGGAAAGUAAUCUAAAUGAAGAACAAAUGAACCUAAAAAAGAAAAAUUUGUUCGAGUCUGCACAUCAUAUGUCUGCAAUCAUUGGGACUUUAAGUUUUAAUUGUAACCCUUAAGUUUUAUGAAUCUUUAAGUUCUAUAUCUUUAAGUUUUAUGAUUAAUUUAUGGUAUCAGUUACUUCAUUUCUUAGGACUAUGAACAAACAUGUGUAAUGCAUAGAUAGGCUAUAUAUACCAUAAACACACAAAAGUCAGUUAGACUCACCCGUUUAAUUUUCCUUUGAACUUCAGCACCUCCACACCCGAAAAACAGUUGAAUGUAGAAAGUACAGUGGCCUGGCCUCACUUUAUUUGGAGAGAGAGAGAGCGAAGAAGAAAGUGAAAGAAAGAAAUGCAAUUUUCUAAAGAAAGAGUGAAAGAAAAACGCGUCUUUGGUUACUUUUUGAAAUGCAGAAAACCGCUUGCCGGUUUAUUCGGUUGCCUCUUCACAUUUAAAGUUCACCAUUGCACCGCCAUUCGGUUAACUAUUAUUUGGUUUCCAUUUGAUAAUUUCAUGCACCACUUGAAACUUUGUAAAGAAAGCGUGUUCAAAUGAGAUAAUAGGAUUAAAAUAUGAAUAAUUAGUAUAGAAAUAUUUUAUAAUAUUCAAACUGUUGAAUAUGAAACUAUUAGUUUAAACUGUCAAAAUAUUUAAUAAUUAUAAAAAAGUGUGUCCAAAUGAGAUAAUAGGUUUAAAAUAUGAAUAAUUUGUAUAGAAAGAUUUAAUAAUAUUCAAACGGUUGCUAAUAUUCAUCUCUAAAAUUAAGCAAUGCUUGGCGCAUUGCAGUUACUACCUGAUUAGUGCGGGCUGAAUGGCAGUUUAUCUGAUUUAUAUGAUAAUAUAUGUUCAGUAUACUAUUCUGUUUUUGCAUUGUAUCUGACUGUAGGUCUGAAGUAUUGAAGAUUUAAUGACAUUGAAGGGGUUCGGAUUGACUCCUUGUGUAUAUUGAUUUGGUCAAUUACGUUGUGUUGGUAAUUUCCACCCAAGAGUUCAAUAAAAUUCCCAAGAAAGAAUAGAAAGCAAAACAAACUAAACCAUGGGCAAGCGAGAAGGGACUAAGAAAGCACCAAGUCUUCCACCAGGGUUUCACAAUUCGAUCUCACUUAGAGAAGAAAUCACUGGGAGAAAGCAAGUCAAAGGUGGUUCCAACAAUUCCAGGUCCAUGCUAAAACUUGAUCAAUUGCAGAAGCUAUCGGCAUGGACCAGUGGACAGGCUGCUAUUCCUUCUCUAGGUGCUUUUUUUGGGCAUCGUUUGGCUACUGUGAGAGAGGCCAUGGGUUUAUUGCCUGAUCCUUCACUGUUUUCUUGUGAGAGAUGUGAAACAAUUCUUCAGCCGGGUUUUAACUGCACCGUUCGAAUUGAAAAGAAUAAGGCAAAGGCAAAGUGCAGAAGCAAGAAAACUAAAAAUUUUAUGCAGAACAAUGUAGUGUACAAAUGUCUCUUCUGUUCACAUUGUAAUAUGAGGAGAGGGACCCCAAAAGGAUAUAUGAAAGAGAUAUGUCCCUCAAAGGCUAAAGCAUCGUCAAAAUCAGAACCUGCAAAAUCCAGGCCUCAGAAAUGUGCGAGCUUGGAGAAGGGCACCAGAAGCAAAGAUGGUAUCAAUAAAACCGAUGGGGUAGCUUCACCAGCAUAUCCCAGGGAGGUUCCUACUGCAGAUAGUCCCAUAACUCCUUUAGCGAGAACUGCUACAGCUUCACCAGCAUAUCCCAGGGAGGUUCCUACGACAGAUAGUCCCAUAACUCCGUUGGCGAGAACUGCUACUACUUUGUUGGAGGGAAGGAGGAGAAAGAGAAACCUAUCGAUGUCCAAGAAACCAGUUGGACCUGAAAACAACUUUAUCCCCACAGAUGCAGAAAAAACUGUGAGCACGUCAAAUAAAAGAAGGCGAAAAUCUUGGACUAGUCUGAAGGAAAUUGCUGAGGCAUCGGAGAAAGAUAGCAGCCAAAAAUUUACUAAUUUGACGAUUCCUUUCUGUAUUUAGACUUUAGACGGAUACCGAUGGUAUCAAAAGUUAUGAUUUUGUUAUACUUCAGUAGAUGAAUGCUCCCAUGAGGAAACUGUGUAGGGAGAGUUUCAGGGAUGCGUACAUUGUAAAUUUGUAAUUUAGGGAUGUUCUAUCAUUUUCUAGUUUGGACUUGUUAAGAGUUUUCAAAGAUGAGAGAAUAAAAUUGAAUUCUUAUAGAAGAAA